CCUCAAAUUUUGUUCAUAUCUAAAUUGCAUCAGUCAACGUUCAAUAGUAACUUGCCUCCAACAACUCCAUUUCUUAGUCACAUUGAAUUUUGGAUCCAACAUCCUCUUAAUUAAUUACAUCUCCAUCUCGAGAUUCUUUCCGCAAGCAAAAAAAAUGCAAUAACGCUCGUAAAUUUACUUAGAUUCUGCCAUUCUGGUCAAACUUUGAUAUACCCAGUUCAUAAAACACCUCAAAAUCAAGAACCCAUGGAGGAAUCUCAGUCCGAAAGAAACCCAAAUGACUGUAAAGUUGGACUAUUAGAUUUCAUGUUGAGGCCAGUGCAAUGGUUCAAAAAGCUUGGUCAAGAGUUGCAUUGGAGCUUUGUUUUAGGAGUGGUGUUAAUCUAUGGAAUUAGUCAAGGAUUUGGUGUGGGACUCAGUAAAGUUAGUACUCAGUAUUAUAUGAAAGAUGAGCAGAAGUUACAGCCUUCUGAAGCUCAGGUUUAUUUUGGGUUGCUUCAACUUCCUUGGAUUGUUAAGCCUUUAUGGGGUCUUUUAACUGACUCUGUUCCUAUUCUUGGCUACCGUAGACGGCCUUAUUUUGUUUUUGCAGGUGUGCUUACUGCGACGGCGAUGCUUGCGCUGUCACUACAAAAGAACCUGCAUCUUGCUUUUGCUCUGCUAUAUCUAAUGGCUGGAACUGCUGGCGUGGCUAUAGCCGAUGUGACUAUUGAUGCGUGUGUUACACAGAAUAGCAUAAGUCAUCCUUCUCUUGCCGGUGAUAUGCAAAGCUUGUGUGGACUCAGCUCUUCCAUUGGGGCACUUGUUGGAUACACACUCAGUGGCUUUUUGGUUCACAUAGUUGGUCCUAAAGGUGUCUUUGGGUUGCUCAGUAUCCCAGCAAGCAUGGUCAUUUUGGUAGGAAUAAUCCUUAGGGAAUCCCGCGGGCAUCGAUUUGCUUAUAGAAGAGUAAACGAGAAGUUUUUGGAUAAUAGUAAGGCUAUGUGGAUGACACUCCAAUGUAGGGAUGUAUGGAGGCCAUGUUUAUACAUGUACCUGUCACUUGCAUUAAGCUUACAUAUUCAUGAAGGAAUGUUCUAUUGGUAUACAGAUGCUAAAGGAGGUCCAUCUUUCUCAAAGGAAGUUGUUGGGUCUAUAUUCUCGGUGGGCGCAGUUGGUUCUCUCUGUGGUGUGCUAAUCUACCAAAAUUUGUUAAAGGACCAUCCUUUUAGAGACAUACUUUUUUGGUCUCAGUUACUGUAUGGUGCAUCAGGAUUGCUAGAUUUAGUACUGGUCUUACGUCUAAACUUAAGGAUUGGUUUGCCUGAUUAUUUCUUUGUUGUUUUCGAUGAAGCCGUUUCUAAAAUGAUUGGACGCAUUAAAUGGAUGCCUCUUCUCGUGCUCAGUUCCAAGCUUUGCCCAGCUGGUAUAGAGGGUACUUUCUUUGCUCUGAUCAUGUCAAUUGAUCAUGUCGGUUUGCUUUCAUCAACUUGGGCAGGAGGUCUCUUACUACACGUGUUAAACGUUACACGAACACAAUUCGACAAUCUUUGGAUGGCUAUUUUGAUCCGGAGCAUGCUUAGACUGGUUCCAAUUGGCCUACUAUUUCUGAUACCCAGAAGUGAUCCCAACUCAGCUAUCCUUCCAGAGGAGAUGUUGAAAACCAAAAAAGGUGAUGAUAUGCUUGAAAAUGAAAAUCUGGAAAUGACCUCCCUUGUUGAUAGUUCUUGAAUUACAGUACGUAAAAUGAACUUUCUGGGAAUUGCUACUUUCUUCAUGACAAGUAGUAAUCUGAAGUUAGAUCAUAUUUUCUGGUUCGAUUAGAUAUUCCUGUUUAUCCAUUUUUGAGAAAAUAUCAGGAAUUCUCAUCAGGAAUUCUUCAUGAUGACCGUGUCUCUUUCUUCUCCCCACAGUUCACGAAAAAGAGUGGCUUGGUCGACCAUUUAUGAGUUAAUUUCCACGAAAAUUUCAUACAAUUUGAGCAUCAAUUAGGCAAUUUUUGUACAUCAAUGUGUAAUAUUUCCGGUAGGGAACACUUUAGAUUACUGAUAAACUCUGCAAUCAAAGUUGAAGCAAAGAUACAGACAUGUUUACACAUUCUUGAAGAAAUACCUCAAACAUGAAAUUUUUCUACAGGGCCA